UUCCUCGAACUCUCAAAACCCCGCCUGACAAUGCUCGUAGUCCUAACAACAAUGUCCGCCUACGCAAUCGCUCCCUUUCCCGCCUCAACCCUCCCAGCCCUCCUGUCCCUCACAAUCGGAACAACCCUCUGCUCCGCCUCCGCUAACGCAUUCAACAUGCUUAUCGAACCACCAUUCGAUGCACAGAUGACACGGACUCGGAAUCGGCCGUUGGUAAGGGGUGCUGUGUUGCCGAAUCAAGCGUUGGCGUUCGCGACGGCGGCGGGGGUUACGGGGGUGGGGUUGUUGACGCUUGGGACGAAUAUGACGGUUGCGGGGUUGGGAUUGGCGAAUAUUGUUUUGUACGCUGGGGUCUACACACCUAUGAAGCGCAUCUCGAUCGCAAACACCUGGGUUGGAGCUCUCGUCGGCGCGCUUCCUCCUCUUAUGGGCUGGGCAGCGCUUGACCCGACGUUCGCUCAUCCAGGUGGUUGGGCGUUGGCUGGGUUGCUGUUUGCGUGGCAAUUCCCGCACUUUAACGCUCUGGCCUGGAAUUUACGGAGCGAGUACGCUCGUGCCGGCUACCGCAUGACUUCCGUCACCGACCCAGCCCUAAACGCCCGCGUCGCCCUCCGCUACUCCCUCCUCUGCCUUCCCCUCUCCUGGGCCCUCUCCCUGACCUCCGUCUGCGACCCAUUCUUCCUCAUCGACUCUACGCUCGUCAACGGCUGGCUCAUCGCCGAAAGCUACAAAUUCUGGAAGUGGAGGGAUGAUAAGAGAGCGCGGAAGUUGUUCUUUGCGAGUAUCUGGCAUUUACCGCUGUUGCUGGGUUUGGCGAUGGUGCAUAAGGUUGGGUUGUGGGAUUGGCUUUGGGAGUUGAUU